AUGUCUAAACUAGCAUGGCAGCAGCCAAAGCGUGGAUUUUCGAGUGUCUAUGUUGUCGCCGCCCUGGGCUUAUUGGUGACGGGUCUUCCUUUCAUGAAUGCUUCUCCUAUCACGCUCGCAGAUUUCGAGGAGCGUCGGGACCGCCUGGCCAAUGCUCUGGUGGCCGAAGAUGCCGACGCUUUUGUCGUGGAACCGGGCUAUACGUUUAAAUACUAUGGCAACGUGAGCCAGCCGGAAUGGGAGGUCUGGGAGCCCGAAGAACGCCCAUUUUUGAUGGUGGUUCGUCCCCAAGAGGAUGAGACAGGCACCGUCAAGGCCAACACCACCUUCCUCUGUCCAUCAUUUGAAGCAGAACGAGCUCGCCUCCUUGGAAUGCCUUUUAGAGAUUCUAUUCAAAUAGUUCCGUGGGAAGAACAUUGGAACCCGUAUAGAACCCUUCAGCAAGCCAACGUGUUCUCUGGUCUUCAACGACACCCACGGUUGAUGGUUGACGAAGAGAUGCGGGACUUUAUACAACGCGGGCUCGCUACCGUCGGCUUCGAUGUGGUUGGCCUCAAAGGUAAAGUCGAGGAAGUGAGACAGAUCAAGAGCGACAAAGAAGUCGACAUCCUCCGCGCAGUCAACACAGGCACCGUGGAGGCGGUGCGGCAGAUUAGGAAAUGCCUCUAUCCUGGUCUCACCGAGACUGACAUUGCCGUCGCCCUUGAUAAUGCUUUGCGGGCUGCAGGGUUGGAACCCUUCUUCGAUAUUGUGCUCUUUGACGAGAAUGCCUCGAACCCCCAUGGAGGAACAAAUGGAUCCAAAGUCCUAGAGUCUGAGACAUUUGUAUUAAUCGAUGUUGGGGCUCAUUUAUAUGGAUACUCGUCGGAUAUUUGCCGCACCUUCUUCCCACCAUUUCUCGAAAAGCCAUCAAGGGGAGACACGUUGUCGCCUCGGAUGUUAGAAAAGCUCAAAGUCUGGGAUAUUGUCUUCGAAGCCCAGACACAAUCUAUUCACCAGAUGCGGGAAAACUCGACAGCAUCGAGUGUGGAUAUCGCUGCUCGUGAGGUCAUCACUGAUGCAGGCUACGGUGAAACUUUCACACAUCGUGUGGGACACGGAAUCGGAAUCAAAGCCCAUGAAAGCCCUUAUCUGAACCAAGGAAACCUGGACAGCCUGCUCAAAACCGGCAUGACCUUCACUUCCGAGCCAGGUAUCUAUCUGGUCGACAAGUUUGGUGUGAGACAUGAGGAUGUGUUCCUAGUCCAAGGAGAUGGAGAACCUGAGCUUUUGACAGGGUCGCGGGCUAUCGGACCUUGGGACCCAUGA